AUGUUGCACUGGAAUCGAAUGAUCUAUUUGACGGCUAGUGAGAUCCUGUGUUGCUCAUUCCAAAGCUGGACAUCUUCAUUCUGCACUCCUGGCAGUUUUUUGACGGCGUGCGAGAAGCUUUUGGCACAUCAUCGUUCGGUUCUUUCGGGCUUCCCGAGCUUUCUCCUUCUUAAUAUCAUUUCGAAAUCUCUUGAAAUCGUCUUGGCAGUAGAAGAGAGAGCCACAGUCGCAGUCAUCCAAAAGGCAAUCAACGGCAACAACACUGACUUGUGGCUCAAACUGUACGCGCUUAUUGUCCGACAUGGAUCCUUCCGAACAGAUUGUCAUUCUAUUGUGGUUGUCUUGAUCGAUUUAGCAGCAGAGAUCUAG